UUUCCUGUGAAUGACCUCAUUAUGGUUAUGAAAUUGAAAAUCAUUCCAUUCCCGAACUUCUUUCCAGAUUCAUAGCAAAGCCAGUAGCGCGCAAGUUCAUUUCUCACAUUAAAGAAAAUCAACAGGACUAGAGGUUGAUUCUGUUUUAUUUCCUGGCGGAGCUGAUUUCCAUGGCAACGGGAGCCCCUCUUGGAUUGAAUUUCUCAUACCAGAGCAAAGAUCCCUGGAAAAAUUCUACCACCUGUGAGUCUUCCCAACUGUGGGAAGUUUUACAUGAAGCACUGCCACCCAUCCUCAUUGUCAUCUUCUUUUUCGGUUUGGUCGGAAAUAUAUUCGUCCUGGCCGUCUUCCUCCUGCACAGGAACCGACUGACGGUGGCAGAAAUCUACCUGGCUAACCUGGCUGCUGCGGAUUUGAUCUUCGUCAUUAGCUUGCCCGUCUGGGCAAAGAAUAUCAAGAACGAAUUCAACUGGCCAUUCGGAGAGUCGGUUUGCCGUGGCAUCAACGGGCUCAUCAAGGCCAACUUGUUCACAUCCAUUUUCUUGGUGGUGGCCAUCAGCAUGGACCGCUACUGGGCUCUGGUUCACACCAUAACGUGCAGAAAGAAGCGGAGCCGGCGGCGAGCUCAGACAAUCUGUGCUGUCAUCUGGUUCGCGGGAGGACUGCUUAGCAUCCCGACAAUGGUGUUCCGAACGGUGAAAUACUUCCCAGAACUGAACAUCUCGGCCUGCAUCCUCGAUUUCCCCAGCCCGUCGUGGAACAACUAUAAGAUCAUCCUCUUAAGUGUGGUGGGCUUUGUUCUACCUCUGCUGGCGAUCGUCUUCUUCAACUACCAGAUCCUCACAUCGCUCUGGGGGCGAGAGGACCCCAAGCUCAAGAGGUCUGGAGAAACAAAAGAUGUCAAGGCCACCACGCUAAUCCUCACCCUGGUAGUGAUUUUCCUUCUGUGCUGGGCUCCUUAUCACUUCUUUAGUUUCUUUGACUUCUUGUUCGGCAAGAAAGUUUUGAAGGGCUGUUUCUGGGAGGAUUUCAUUGACCUUGGCAUCCAAUUAUCCACAUUCCUGUCUUUUAUCAACAGCUGUCUGAAUCCCAUAAUUUACGUUUUCGUGGGGAAAUUUUUCAGGGCGAAGGUUUGGGAAAUUUAUAAACAGCGGUUCCAAAGGAAAUCUGCUUUGACGUAUGUGUCUUCAGAAAAGAAGCCCACUGGUUUUACCUUGGACACUAAAACCACGUUUUGACCAAAGAGCUGUGUUUCCUUGUCCUUUAUGGCACUUACUCUUCAGUCGAUUAAAAGA